UCUUGAGCGAUUACUGCUACGGGCUACGCUCCAACGAGGCUAGCGGCUCCUUGGCCCCUCCGUGGACCCUUGUCCUGAGCUGUGAGGCGGUUAUCAGGAAGCUAGCCUACAAGCGGAUGGCGACGAAGGGGCUAGGCUUCGCCGAUGCGCUAGUCCAAGCCUGGAAAGACGCGGCUACAACGGAAAGGCAAUUCACGACGCUCCUGUCGCUAUGUGCCAAAACCGGAUGUCCCGCACCGCCGGAUAACAAGGGCACGGGCAAGGGCGGCAAGGGCCAGAAAGGCGAUGGUGGUAACAAGAAGCUCAAGACGGGCAAGGCUAAGCAGGGCUAUUCCCGGACAGCGGAGGGCGAGCCGAUAUGCUACAGAUACAACGCCAAAAACGGCUGCAAGAAAGAGGCCAAAUGCCACUUCAAGCAUGUCUGCACGAAGUGCCUUGGCGACCAUCCGGUUACCAAGUGCACCCAGAGGGCUAGUGCGGAUGCGGCCGCGGAGCGGGCUACACAUGUUCAGUCCUACCUGAAGCGGCUAGCGCCCGCCUUCAAGAUGGAUAUCCACGUUACGCUGGUGGAUAAGCUCCGGGGCUUGGAGAAAAUUCAGCGACGUGCUGCCACCUGCUCCCUGGUGCUCAUGGUUCUGGAACAGCCCGAAGACCUGGGGGCUGCCCGCGGGGCCGCAUCGAGGGUUGAGACCGGCUACGAUGUGGCAAUGGCCGGACCAUCAGUCUUGGGCACCUUGGGCUUCUCCAAAGGCGACGUGAAGAAAAUUAUAGCGGUGCUGGAGUUGCUGGGCCAACGAAACUAG